CUUCCGUCUGACCCUCCAUCGUCUCUUCAGCUACCUUUCUGCUUGCACACGAUGGCUAUGAACUCAUGCAAGGGGGCUGAAGAUGGUACUGCAGAGCUGACGCGCUCCCCCGAGUACUGGUUUGACGAUGGAAAUAUAGUGCUCGUAGCGGAAGGGGGGGUCGGAUUUCGCGUUCACCGUGGCGUGCUCGUGCACCACUCUGCUUUCUUUCGCGACCUGUUCUCUUUACCUCAACCCUCUGAUGACAAGGACAUGAUGGAUGGCACCCCAGUGGUCCAUGUCUCCGACACUCCAAUCGAUGUCGCGCAUCUUCUACGCGCGUUAUACAACGGUAUCAGUUUGAUCCGGCACGGGGGAGAGCGGCUGCCCUUCCCCUUCGUCGCGUCGUUGCUCGAGCUUUCCCACAAGUACGACAUUGAGGCUUUACGCGCCGACAUGCUGCUGCGUCUGCGCUCCUGUUUCUGUCACAAGUAUUCCGCGUUCCUCGCGCAGACCAGCUUCCAGCCCGUCGCUGCGAACGACCCAGAGCAGCUUCUGCGCAGCGGCCUGCUCGAGAUCAUCCCGAGUCGCGACGCGAUCCGGGCAGUCAACCUCGUCCGGCUCGUCGAUGAGAGAACCAUGCUCCCCGUCGCGCUCUAUCUCUGCACGCUCCUCCCCGGCGCAAGACUCGUAUCUGGCACAACACUCGAAAACGGGCGCGUCGCAACGCUCUCCCCCACCGACCUAGCGCUCUGCAUCGACGCGCGCACAAACCUCGUCAUGCGCCGCAUCCGCGCGUUCAACACCGCGCCCGCGAGCGUGUGCCGCCAGCCGACGCUCUGCGCGGCCGUGCUGCAGCAGAUGGCGCGCAUGACGCACUACCAGCAGCCGAGCUUGCCGUGCCACGUCCUCGCGAACGUCGACCAGGCGCCGAUGACGAGCCCGCCGGGGAACUUCCUGUGUGCGCAAUGCAGCGCGCCGUUGGUGGCGGUCAGCGCGGAGUUUCGACGGAGCGCGUGGGCGCACCUUCCUGGAGAUCUUGGUCUCGAUGUUCCGGAAUGGGAUGCUGCGGCUGCAUAG